GCAGAGAGGAGAAAACAGGCUGUUGUAGAACAAGUUAUGGUGGAUCAAUUAUGUAGAGCUGUUAUAAGUGAUCCAGAGCAGUCCACACGUUCUGAUGCUUGCAAGGAAGCUCAAGGACUUCUGGGAGCUGGGAUGGCACCAAUGCGUUUUAGAAAAAGGACCCUCCAUGAAACAAAAAUAAGGACCAAAUCAGGACUAACUGAGAACAUGCUCUCCAAAAAACUAUGCUUUGAUAGUAGGAUUAUAUCAAGAAAUGGUCAUGAUGCUUGCAGGGAGUUAAUUGGAUUUUUCUUUGCGUGUGACAAAUCCCUUACUGUGUAUGAAUUUCGACAGUUUGGAAAAAACAGGACAAAUGCCUUGCCUUUCAUUCAGAAGGGAGUUUAUCAACAUCAACGUGGACAAAGAAGGGGAAAAGCUUAUGAUCUUAGUGACUUCUACGUUGGAGCCAAUCUGACCUUCCGAAGUGUCGAUCAUAACCUUCCAGAAACUGUUAAGCAGAACCCUUUCUUCACCCUUCGUGUGAUAAGUAUUGAUGAAGCAGCUAUGGAUUAUCUGAAAGCUUCCUCUGUGGAACUCAAGGAAGAGUGUUCCAGGCAAGUGGUGGAUGACAGUGAAGUUUUCAAGAAGAUUCAAGGUAUAUUCAGAGAAACACUAAGUAAAAGAGGAGUUCAGGUUAUAACAGGCUUAGGAAAGUAUUUCCGACAAAUAGACAAGAACAGAAAUGGUUUUCUCUCUCAGGCAGCCUUGAAAGAAGCUCUAAAAUUAUUCCAUUUGGAAAUGCCUGAAGGGGACUUUGAAUCCUUAUGGCUUAUUCUUGAUGACAGCAAGAAUGAUAAGGUCGACUAUGGAGAAUUUACUCAUGCCAUAUUUGGAGAAAUGAAUGAAUAUAGGAAAACAUUUGUAAGAAAAGCUUACAUGAAACUAGAUUUCAACAAAACUGGGACUGUGUCUAUGGUAGAUGUCAGAAAAUGUUACUGUGCAAAGAAACAUCCUCUAGUAUUGGCAGGCAAAACUGCAGAAGAAGAAAUUAAAUCAUCAUUUCUAGAAGCAUUAGGAGAGUCCUGCAGCAACCCCAAUGAAGUGUCCUAUUCUGAGUUUGAAGAUUACUAUGAAGGAUUAAGUUUUGGAAUUGUGGGUGAUGAUGAUUUUGUUAAUAUUUUAAGGAAUUCAUGGGGAAUUUAGAGUGGAAGAUGACAAAAAAGAAGAAGGGACAUUUUCUAAACAAGGAGUGACUAAGUAAGAGAGGACUUAGUCUUGAUGUACAUUACUUUAUAAUUAGAGUCUUAAACUGAUUUCAGGGACAGAAAACUUUAGAUGCUUUCACAAUAAUAUAUGGCAAAUUUCAUGGAGUGUCUGUUGAGUUAUGCUAGCCACUCUUCUAAUAAAAAUGCUGUUCAUGUCUUUUCACUGGAAAUUAUUAAGGCUGUUUCCCAUACCAAAAGCCAUAUUUUUUAUAUUAAAAUAAAGUCUCCUAUUUAAAAAUAGGAGUGAAUUAGAAUACUAA